AUGGCGAUGAAAAAAGCCGUUCGCGACCCGGGGGAGCUGUGCGAACUGCUGUCACUUUCGGGCAAUCUGGUCCCGGAGGCCCGUCGCGCGGCCGAGCAAUUCGGGCUGUUCGUGCCCCGCGAGUACCUUCAACGGAUGACCGUCGGCGAUCCCGGCGACCCUUUGUUUCGUCAGGUUUUGCCCCUGGGGGUGGAACUCGACGAGACCCCGGGCUUUACCGCCGACCCCUUGGAAGAAUACGAGGCUACUCUCAGCCCGGGGUUGCUGCAGAAAUAUCACGGUCGGGCCCUGCUGGUCACCACAGGGGCCUGUGCGAUCCACUGCCGGUACUGCUUCCGACGGCACUUCCCGUACAGCACUGCACCCCGCUCGACCGCGGCGUGGCAGCCGGCGCUCGAGUGUCUAGCGGCCGACCCCUCGCUCCACGAGGUGAUCCUGAGCGGUGGCGACCCGCUCACGCUUGUCGAUCGACUGCUGAGUCAGUUAGUCGAUGAGCUGCAGCAGAUCCCCCAUCUGCGCCGGCUGCGAAUUCAUACCCGGCUACCGAUUGUCAUUCCGCAGCGAGUUAACGACGAGCUACUGGCUUGGCUUCAGGGGACGCGCCUCACCCCGGUAGUCGUUGUGCAUGCGAAUCACCCACAGGAGAUCGAUGCCGAGGUUGCGGCAUCUCUGGGUCGCUUGGUCGAUUCAGGCAUUCCGGUGUUGAAUCAGGCCGUGUUGCUGGCCGGGGUGAAUGACGAUGCCGACGUGUUGGCGGGGCUUUGUGAGCGGCUCGUGAACCUGAGGGUGAUGCCUUAUUACUUGCACCUGCUCGACCGUGUCUCUAGCACGGCUCACUUCGAAGUGCCGGAGGCCCGCGGUCGGCGACUGAUCAAAGAACUUUCGGCCCGCCUUCCCGGGUAUGCCGUUCCUCGCCUCACCCGCGAGACUCCCGGUGAGGUGGCCCUGCAACAAGCGGCCGCCUUGCUCUCACCCCAGCAGGACGAAGUUUGCCUGUAUUACUCUGCCCCCACCGUUCGUUUGGGGAGCCCUGGAUCUGAUGCCGCCAUGCGAGAUCGGGCUCGAGAAGCUUUGGCCGAGGCGGUCUUCUCUGACGCUCGCAAGCAACUUCCUGCGGCGUUGGGCGAACGGGUGACCACGAUCGUCGGCCAGCAGAAUCCGGCUCAUGGACUGUUGGUCGCCGCUGACGAGUGGAGGGCCAACCUCAUCGUGAUCGGUGCCCGAGGGCUUGGACGCCUGCAGCGGCUGCUGUUGGGUUCGGUUUCGAGAAAGGUGGCCGAGGAAGCCACGAUCCCGGUGUUGGUCGCUCGUGGUGCUCCGGCCGAGUCGACCGACUCGCCGCAACGGGUUCUGCUGUGCUGCGACGGUUCGGAGACAAGCCAGCAUGCGGCCGACUUCCUCGAGAAGUUCGAUUUCCCUGCCGGAUCGACGGGACAGGUCGUCACGGUGGUCGAGUCAGUCUUCGCCGGCGAGGUUCCCGAGUGGCUGGAGGAGCAAGCCCGCGAGUCGGAUGAAGAGGCGAUGGCCCAUGUUUGGGCUGAAGAACACGAGAAGCAGCGAGAAGUGAAAGAGACCCUGAUGGUCGACUACUGCGAACAUCUUCCGCCGAUGUUUCACGAUAGCAAGCCACUUGUGGUCGAAGGGCUGCCUGCCGAGCAGAUUCUGGCGAGCAUCCGCCGGGAGCAGAUCUCGCUGGUGGUGGUGGGUGCGCGAGGGCUUUCGCGGUGGGCCCGGUUGAUGGUGGGGAGCACAUCGGAGAAAUUACUGGCACACGCCAUUCGUGCCCGACUGGCCGCCGCGACUGAGCAUAGCUACCUUCGCGACUUUGUUUAUGGGGCGAUGGACGGGGCGGUUACCACGUUCGCCGUAGUCUCGGGCACCGCCGGCGCGGCUUUGUCGCCGACCAUCGCCAUCAUUCUUGGCAUGGCCAAUCUGCUGGCCGACGGGUUCAGCAUGGCUGUGGGGAAUUACCUCAGCACAAAGACCGAGCGGGAAGUGGUCGAACGGGCCCGCCGGAUGGAAGAGUCGCACAUCGAUCAGAUUCCCGAAGGUGAACGGGAAGAGAUUCGGCAGAUCUUCGCCGGCAAAGGAUUCGAAGGCGAGAUGCUCGAGCAGAUCGUCGAAGUGAUUACCCACGACCGUCGGCAAUGGGUCGACACGAUGAUCACCGAAGAGCAUGGUCUUAGGAGAAACAUUGUUGGUGGGGAUCGUUGCUGCCGCAUUGGCUUAUGGGGUGGGAGCCUGGCUGCACGGUAUCAUGGACUGAAUCGCACCAUGAAACGACUGGCCUGGCUCACCGACAUUCACCUCAAUUGGCUCACGGUCGAUCAGACCACCGAGUUCUUUGAGCAGUUGGCCGCCGUGGAGGCCAACGCCCUGUUGCUCAGCGGCGACAUUUCCGAAGCCCCCGAACUCACGCGACACUUGCGGCUGCUGGCCGAAUGUUCGCCCCGGCCGGUUUACUUCGUGCUGGGGAAUCACGACUUCUACUUCAGUUCGAUCCGCGAAGUACGCGAAGUGACGCGGCAUCUUUCUGCGGAGAUCGACAACUUGCAUUGGUUGACCGAUCGAACCGUUGAAGCUUUAUCAGAUAAGACGGGCAUCGUGGGGCACGACGGUUGGGCCGAUGCUCGACUGGGCGACUAUGUGCGCUCGUUCGUCUCGAUGAACGACUCCCGGCUGAUCGAUGAAUUCGUAGGGUUGAACAAAGAACAGCGACUCGACGUGUUGCACGCACUGGGUGAUGAAGCCGCUCGGCAUUUCACCAAGGUGCUGCCAGAAGCAUUGAACCGGUUCUCGCACGUGCUGCUGCUUACGCAUGUGCCGCCAUACCGUGAGGCUUGCUGGUACGACGGUCACAUUUCCAACGACGAGUGGCUACCGCACUUCAGUUGCCGGGCUGUGGGCGAUGUGUUGGUUUCGAUCAUGGCUCAGCAUCCCGACAAGCGGCUGACGGUUCUCUGUGGUCAUACGCAUGGCGAGGGUGAAUGCUUGCCGCUGCCCAAUCUCCGCGUGUUAACCGGCGGGGCCGAGUACGGACACCCGGCCGUGCAGCAGGUGUUGGAAGUGGAAUAG